UCUGUGUCUGUGAGAGAUGAGCUGGGGCAGAAAGCCGUCCGGACCGUGUGCCUGAAGAGUAAAAUCCAGAACCAUCCCAGGCCAGCUUGAGUGUCGGUUCGGCGAUGGCCGCGGCUGUGGAGAGAGGAGGGGUCCGGGCCUCCUUCAUAAACCCGGGUGUCGGUGCUCCCGCUCCUGUACCCGUUACCGCUGCGCCCGGAGGAUCUUCCAUGGCCGGAGCCGCGGCUUCUGGCUCGGGUUCGGCGGGUUCCGGUCCGGUCAUGCCCGUGCCCAUGAAUCUUUUUGCAACGUGGGAAAUAGACCGUUCAUCUCCAAGCUGUGUUCCGAGGUUGUGUAGUCUGACGCUGAAGAAGUUAAUCGUUCUUAAAGAGUUGGAUCGUGAGCUCAGCUCUGUGGUUAUUGCUGUAAAGAUCCAGGGCUCAAAGCGCAUCCUGAGGUCUAAUGAAUACAUGCUCCCACCCAGCGGCCUCAUGGAGACAGACCUGGAGCUCACCUUCUCUCUACAGUACCCACACUUCCUGAAGAGAGAUGCCAACCGGCUGCAGAUCAUGCUUCAGAGGAGGAAACGCUAUAAAAACAGAACGAUUCUGGGCUACAAGACUCUAGCGGUUGGAGUCAUUAAUAUGGCUGAGGUGAUGCAGCACCCGACAGAUGGAGGUCAGAUUCUUGGUCUCCAUAGUAACGUGAAGGAAGCGCCAGUGCGUGCAGCAGAACUGAGCGUGUAUUCACUGUCCAGUCAACCUAUUGAUCCUGAAGACGGCAGCGGACAGCCAAAGGCCAAAGCUUCAGACCGUUCUCCAGAUAUGGAUAACUAUUCUGAAGAUGAUGACGACAGUUACUCAUCAGAGCAAGAAGCCAGUGAUGAUGCUGUUCAAGGCCAGGAUCUUUAUGACGAGGAUGAUGACGUUCAGCGGAAGCCAAAAAAAACUCGUAGAAAAAUGAUUAGAACCACAUCAAUGACCAGGCAACCCAAUUUCAAGCAGAAGUUUGUUGCUCUCCUGAAACGAUUCAAAGUAUCUGAUGAGGUGUUGGACUCUGACCCGGUGGAUCAGACGCAGGAAGUUGAAGAUCUGGAUCUUUUAUAUGACAGUUUGGAGGUGUAUAACCAGAGCGACAGUGGCCCAGAGAUGGAGGACAACGAGAGUCUUCUCAGCACUCCCAAACCCAAACUCAAGCCAUUCUUUGAGGGAAUGUCUCACUCCAGCUCGCAGACAGAGAUCGGCAGUUUACACAGCCACAAAAGUCAACCAAGAGAGCAGCCCUCUACUGGUGUAGAUCUGUUAACAGUGGAUAAGAACAGAGCACCCAGCGGGCGAUACACAGAUGACCCUACGGUGGUGGACUUUACAGCUGGGGAACCGACGGAGGAUGAGGCGGGUAGGGGUGUGGCCACAUACGACGCUAACGUGAGCUGGGACGUGAGCACUGAGAAAUUAGCGGGAACAGUGGGCAAACUCUGCAAGACUGAAUCGCAGACUCUCAUGUCGCCUAGUAAAACAGACAGUAAAUUGCAGCGCCGUCCGCGCAGCACGUCUAUGAAGGACCGACAGAACUCAAAAGCUCAGAGUGAUCGAACCAGCAGCAUUGAGAGCGAAACCUCGCCAGACUCCAGGCUCAUCACACAGGUUUGUGUACCGAGGAAGUCUGUGUACGAUCAGCUCAAUCAGAUCCUGAACUCUGAUGAACAGCUGCCAGAGAGUAUCAUCCUCAUCAACACUGCAGACUGGCAAGGACAGUAUUUGAAUGAGAUUCUUCAGGAGCACAAGCAGCACAUUGUGUCCACUGUUUCCCCCGCAGACGUUCAGGCCGCAUUCAACACCAUCGUCACUAGGAUUCAACGAUUUUGUAACUGUAAUGCACAGACGCCACCCACCAUUAAAGUCGCCAUUGUGGGCGAUCAGGGUUAUCUCAGCACAGUUCUCCGCUGCUUCGUGGAGCAACUCGCCAACAAGACGCCUGAUUGGUUGAGCUACAUCCGUUUCCUUGUCAUUCCUGUUGGUUGUCAUCCACUGGCCAAAUACAUCUCAACGUUUGACAGUAAGUUCAACAGCAUCUUCAUGGACGCAGGUUGGAGGGACGUGUUUUCGAGGUUAGAGGCGCCCCCUUCAGAUAACAUUGAUGUGGCCGGACGCGUCUCACAGUAUCUGGCUGGAGCAAAUGUGUCUCACCAGUUCCCUAUUUCAGAGGCCAUGCUCACCUAUAAACAGAAAAGGAAAAGAAGUUUGUAUUUUGAUUUUUACAUCAGCCCUGAUGAAGACUCGUGUCAGAAGUUUGUGCCGUUCAUUGGGUUGGUGAAAGUGGGAAUUGUGGAGCACAACUUGUCCACAUCAGUGGACUCUGAUGAUGCAGUAAUGGUGGGCAGUGUGAACAUGCUCUCUUCACCUCCAGCAAUGACGGGAACACCGUACGGCAAAGACUUGACCUCCACUCCUCCAUCAUCUCCUUCUGUUUCUGCCGGUCUCUCUGGAGCAGGUUCUCCAGGCACAUGUGGUGAGGUGAUGGGUCUCCAGGUAGAUUACUGGACUCUCCAGUGCUCAGAGAAGAAGAAAGAGGGCGAGAAGAGAGACGUGGUCAUUAAAAACACCCUGAAGAGUAACUUCCGCUCACUGCAGGUGUCCAGAAUUUCCAGUGGAGGAGAAGCAACACCUCCAGGGAUGGCCAUGACCGUCGUCAUGAAGGAGAAGAACAAGAAAGUGAUUUUCCUGAGUAAGAAGACAAAAGAGAAGGAUGUGGACUCAAAGAGUCAGGUGAUUGACAGCAUCAGCCGACUUAUCUGCACGGCUAAGCACCAGCACACCAUGCUCAAGGUGUCCAUUGAUGGUGUAGAGUGGCACGACGUGAAAUUUUUCCAGCUGGCUGCACAGUGGCCAACUCACGUCAAGCACUUUCCUGUAGGAAUCUUUGGAUACAGCAAGCCCCUGUGAUCCUCCAAUUCUGGAACGUUCUCUGGUUCAAACCUCACUGAAAGUGGACAUCGGCCUGAGAAACGGAUGGGGUGGGGUGGGGGGGAGGGACAGACAAAUGGAUUUUCCUGUGGAAAUGGUCAAUUUGGAAGCCUGUGUCAAUGACAGAAAUAUUGUUAGUAAUGUCACUAGUCGUUUUUGUCGCUCUGGCAGUGAAAGAAACAAUGAUGUGUUUGAAGCGCUGUCUUAUUUUAAGAUAAACAGUACAUGUUGUAGGAAUUGUACAGGCACGUACGGCAGCUUGCGUUUGUAUUUUGUUGGGUUAUAGUUAUUAUUUCUGUGAAAUUUUCUGUGUCAAUAUUUGUUCUAUGUACAAUACUACAGGACAGGAUUUAUGAAGGGAGGUCAUUUGUAUUCAAACGGUUUGUUUGUUUGUUUGUGUUGAGGGGUUAUUGUUAAGUGAUGCUGUGUGAGUGAUCUGUAAAUAUGUUCAAGUGGGGUGGGGGUUAUUGCACAGAUGGGAGGGGUUAAAUGCAAAUGGGAGUUGCUAAGUACAAGUGUGAGAAGUUAAGAAACAUGGAAAUGGAAUUUCAUUUGAAUUAUUGAAUGAAUUUAUCUCUGCUAAGAGGGCACAUCCUUUAACAUCCUUUAACUUUUAGCAACAGGCACACUUUUUAGGUUAAGAAAGGUGACUUUUCUGUCACUAUCUGGGUCAAUUUCAAAAUUGUUUUGGGAGGAAAAUAUAUUUGACAACUGGACAUCCUGUCCAACUUUUAGUCUCUUUAACAAUAUCGCCUUUGUAAAAAAGGAAUAGCAGCUUUAUCUGUGGUUGUAUCUGUGUUUGUGUGUGUGUGUGUGUGUUUGUGUGUGUGUUUGUGUGUGUGUUUGUGUGUGUGUUUGUGUGUGUGUGUGUGUGUGUGUGUGUGUGUGUGUGUGUGUGUGUGUGUGUGUGUGUGUGUGUGUGUGUGUGUUUAUGAAUGAAAGAGUUCUUUUAUUUGUGACAGUUUGAGGUCUUCAGUAUUAAUUUUGUAUGGUUUGGGUUCAGCUAAAUAUGAAAAUUCUGUCAUCAUGUACUCAUCUUUGUGUCAUUCCAAACCUGUAUAAUUUACUAAAUGAUGACAGAAUUUUUAUUUUGGGGUGAAUUAUUCAUUUCAUGCAAGUGAAAAAUGUGAUAUGGUUACAUUUCUGGGAAGAGUAAAAAUUGUUUUAUUUCUGAGUAGAACUGUUACUAUUCAUUAUAUGACAUCACUUUUUUUAUUUUGUGAUAUUGUUUUUUUUUUUCUUAGAUUGAGGUGGGCUACAUUUUGGGCCAUUUUAGGUUGUUUUUUAAGCACUACUUUUUAGGGCAACGCGAGAUGUUUUCCUCUCUCAUUUAAAAACGUAUAUUUGACCUGUCUGUUCUAAAUAGAAAUGCAGACAUUUGCACAAAUCUUGUUUCUAAGUUUGACAGUAUUGAUUCUGAUUGAAACAUUUGAGGAAAGCUUGUCUUUGAUGCUCUGUAAUGUGUGUACAUAAACGUAUACUGCCAUUUCAUAUCUUUAUACUGGUUUUAAUUGCCAUACAAAUACUAAAAUGAUUUUAACCAUGGGUGCAAUGUGAUUUAUUUAUUUUUUUUACAUUUACUGGCACUGUUUGUUUUUCUAUCUUUCUUUUUAAAGGAGUUGAUCUAUUUUAUAGACUUCACGUAUUUUGUAAGUUUCAGGGGUUUCAGACAUGUAAAUGAGCAUGAGAAAGUAAAAAAGUUGAGUGCAUAGACAAAACCUUUUCUUUUUAGUAUUAGAUAAAUACUUCUCUGAGAAUUGUGCAAAUAAAUUACAAAUAAUAACAAUACUUUAGUGUUUGCCGCAUAAAAA